AGUUGACAUUUUUACGGAGGAAAGUCGCCAAAGCAACAAUAAUUAUUUCUGAUUGCAGAUUAGCGACUGCACUGGAAGGAAAUAAGACUUGCAUCCUAAACAGUCUUAUUCGAUGAUUGCAAUAAUUGGCAUAAAGUAAAAAGACAAGGUAUGGACCAGAUAAAAGACAUGACUGUUGUGGACUGUGGGAGUUCCCAGUACAUCCGUCCUCUCCGACUUCACUUCACUCAGAAUGGUCGAAAGAAAGCAUGGGAUGCCCUCAAAGUACACGACAGCGUGGCGAUAGUUGUAUAUAAUUCUACCCGUGAUGUUCUUAUAUUUGUCCGGCAAUUCAGACCAGCCGUGUACAUCAACAGAGUCGAGAUGGAGACCGACGCGGACGGACGGCGGACAAUUGAUACUGAGCGGUUUCCGGGACAGCUUGGCCUCACGUAUGAACUAUGCGCGGGUAUUGUGGACAAGAAAAUUCCGCCGCUAGAAAUCGCCCGCGAGGAGCUGCUGGAAGAGUGCGGCUACCAGGUGCCCGACGCCAACCUUACCAGAAUCACCGGCUUUCGGAUGGGUGUUGGAACUUCCGGUGCCUGGCAAGACUUGUACUACGCCGAGGUUACAGACGACAUGAAGGUCUCUUCCGGUGGCGGGAACGCAAACGAAGGAGAGAUGAUCGACGUUGUGGAGAUCCCCGCGCAGGAGGGCCGGAAGUUUGCUAUGGACGAGAGUAUAAACAAGCCUGUCGGGGUGCUGUUUGGGGUUAUGUGGUUUUAUGACAAUGUGUAUGAUAGAAAAGUGAAAGGGACAAAACGAAAAGAUACAGAGUGAGUUCGAACUUUGCUGGCAUUUUUGGUUGGUCUGUUUUUAGAAGAAAAAAAGCAUAGGUUUUAUAAGCGGCGUGCAAGGUAUUCAAAUUUAUCUUUUUAUACAUGUUGACAGGAACCGUAUACACAUGUAAUGCAAGGCCCAUACCUCUGACUCUUAUGCGCUUUGUUUUACUGGCCCCAAUUUCAUGAAACAUCUUAAGUAUAACAGGAUCAAGCUAAGCACACUAUUAUAGUUUUGGUAUAAUCAAUGUGAUAUUUACAAUCUCAUAGCGUUUUUGGACUUUAAAACGAAAUUAUGUCCAUGAUAAUCGUAAAAAAAUAUUCAUUAAAAUCAAGAUAAAAUAAAUUUUUAUCGUAAUAAAAUGUGCUUCUUAAGCUUCAAGGGCCUACAAAAAUACAUUUGGUUCGGGUUACCCGACGCCAUUUUUGUUGUCAGUUGGUUAAUAUUUUUAUAUGUAUAUAUGAGAGUGUGUUUUGAUGUGUAGUUUAAAAUCGUUCAAGCUUUAUACAGAAGCUUACUUUAACAAGAUUCUCCAAUUAUGACAAUAACGUUCAAAAAGCCUAAUAAUGAAAAGGCCCACCUACCCUUCCUGUUGUUGAUGUAACCCUAACCAAACCAUAUUUUGGCCUUGUUAUGCUAACGAACUUUCGAGAAGUUGGGGCCUGAAGAAACCAUCAACAGACGAACGUUGGAAUUCAUGCGGUACCCGUGUUUGUUUUUAUUCUGAGGGUCUUUUUGAAUUUUCUAAAAAAAAAAUAAUAUAGACGAACCCCGUUGGCUCGAACUGCAUGGGACCAGCGAAAAUACCUCGAGCCUCGGGGAGUUCGAACCAAGCGGGUAACCUUACAUUCAGUUUAAAGAAAUCGGUCCUUUAGAUCCAGUUCGAGCCAAAGAGGAAAUCGAGCCAAGCGAGUUCGAGCUAACGGGGUUCACCUGUACAUAUAAGAAGUAAAUUUUAAUUAUCACCAUUGAUACCUAAAAAUAAUUCGGUAUGAAAAGGUAGGGGACCAAGGGUGGUAUUCAAUACUCAACUUAAGUCAAUCGUAUGGCCAUGCAUUAUUGACUUCAUUCACUAUUGGUCAGUUAUCUAUUACAAGUAAUCCGAUUAACUACAUCGUUCUAAGAUCCAAUUAAGACCGGUAUUGAUUACAAGCCCAAAUGUCGCAAGGCUCGGCAUUUGCUCAGAAUUUAAAUCAUAAUUUAAAUCAUAAGGAAGCAUCUUUUUAUUUCAACAUCGUUUACGUAUUUAAUUAUUUUGUAAUAAAAGUUUUCGAUGAA